AUGAGCUUCGAGCUAGACAAUCUCGAACAGCCUUUCCUUGAAGAUCAGAACAAAAAUGCAGAGCCUCACGACACCUUCCACGAUCUGGAUGGGCCGGACUUUAUCAAGUUGGCGUCACUUCCUGUGAGCGAAAAAUACACCGUGGAAUUCAGAGGUGAAGAGAUUGUGGUGGACUCCGCCAACUGGCGUGACAGUAACCUAUUGAAGCUUCAAAUCAUCGCCAGUUACUGCAAUUUCAUUCUCUUUGGACUUGCAGAGCAGACAUUGGGCACGCUCAUUCCCGAAUUGCAGGCACACUAUAAGAUCAACGACUUGAAGACGGGCUACGUCUUCUUGGCUUCUGUUAGUGGGUACUUCUCCAUGGCGCUACUCACCGAAGUAUGUCACCGUCGUUUGGGUGUUCGAGGGGUGGUCAUCAUGGGAACUACCAGCAUGACCCUUGGCUACUUGGUGUUAAGCACUCGGCCGCCGUUUUUCGUGUUCAUAUUGUGCUAUGUCUUAAGUGGACUUGGCUUUGGCAGCUUGGAUGCGGGCUUGAACGGCUGGAUGGGCAACCUCGUGGAUCUGAAUCAGCUUUUGGGCAUUUUGCACGGCUGCUACGGUAUCGGGUGCAUGAUUUCCCCGCCACUUAUCACCCACUUGGUCGAUAGAGACGUCAACCCAUGGUCCUGGAACUCGUACUACUUGGUGCUCAGCUGUGUGGCUGCCUCGUGUUUGCUUUUCUUUGCUUUAGUUUUCCGUCGUGAGACUCCUGCUAAGUAUGAGUUUUCUGUCAUCUUAAAAGAGACUAGAAGACAAUUGGAAGACAAGAAUGCUAGUGAUGAUGAGACCACCUCUGAAUCCGACUCAUCCUCGCAGGCCGCUAGUCUCUCACAGUCACUCCGCUCCAAGCUUGUCUGGUUCUUCUCAAUCAUCAUGUUUGUAUACGUGGGCGCCGAGGUAGCAUUUGGAGCUUGGAUGGUUACAUUCCUUUUGCGAGUUAAGAACCUCACCUAUAAAAUGUCAUCAUAUAUGGCCACCACAUUCUGGACUGGACUCACUGCUGGCCGUAUAUGUCUCGGUUUCGUCACUGCUCAUUACUUCUCCAGUGAGUUGUCCGCCAACUGGGUGUACAUUGUCGUGUCUCUAGUUGGUUACGGUGUAUUCUGUAUGUUUGCCUAUACAUCAGCCGUGGGCAUCUUGUUCCCGGUAGUUUUCUUAACUGGGCUCUUCGUAGGACCCAUCUUCCCCACAACCAUAGUGGCGGCCAUUGAGAUAUUACCGGUCAAGUACCAUGCCAGUGGUGUUGGGUUCAUCUGUGCAUUUGGCGGUGGAGGAGGCGCUGCCAUUCCAUUUUUGAUCGGAUUGGUCGCUCAGACCAGUGAACGCGGCCUUAAGUUCUAUCCUUUCAUAAUAAUUAUCUUGUUUAAGCUUUUGUUGGUGGCCUGGCUGCUUCUCUGUGUUAAGUUUCGUACUCAUAAGAGACGGUCAGCACUUUAG